GGUCAGGGUCAGUUGAUGAAUUCACUUGAGUUGAUUGACUUGAGUCGAUCGUUGGUUGAUCUGCAUUGCAUUCUUUCUUUCUUUGUCCUUCUUCUUUGAUUGUCCUUGAUUCAUUCUCUUCCAUCCAACUAAUCCAUCAUUAUACCAAAAAGGAAGAAGCAAAUAGACAAGGAUUGGCAAGAAGUACCUUGCUUUCCCCUGCUCUUCGACUCGUAUCAUUUCUUUCAAUUCACCGUAUCUUGACUUCCAUCUCCCAAAUAUCACCACCCCAUCAUUCAUUCCUGCCAUUGAGCCACACUCCAAACCGUCCGCUUUUCGUCGCUUCCGGCCACCUGCUGAAGCUUGGCGCUUCUAUCGCCCGUCACCCCUGAAAGGUAGCCAAAGUUGUGGGGGAACCUUGGUAAAAGAUUCCAACCAUCAGGUACAGGUAGCCCGCAGCCUGCAUUCAUUUCGACCCUGUCCCCGUGUGGCGUCCAUAUGAGACAGGCGGCUGGUGCUAUUCCAGUUCCAUCUCCCUCCAGCAUCAUCUCAGUUUCGCAUUUCUGUCAUUUUUUCCCUCCAUCAUGAGCAUCAGCCUGGGACGCAAUGCGCCGUUGUCCCCGAUCUCUCUAGGCGGUAGCGAGUUUUCUGUCUCGAAGUAUCAAGGUCCCGAAGACGGCCCCUAUCCCAACGGUCGCUCCAAUCUCGCAUCGCCCCCGAAUUCGGGUGGCUCCAACAGCACCAUGAGUAUCAACGGUUUCCCGAGCGCUCCUAUCAACGGCCCAGGACCUGGACCCGGGCCUGGGCCUGGUCCUAGAAGCACUGGAGGUCCCUCGCCGCCUGCUUCAAUUGCUCGGUCGAGUAACGGCACCCAGCUCUAUGCUCGCAGCGAAAGUGGUCGUAACAGCGUCCGCGGCGAUCUCGAUGAGUCCGUCCUCAGCGAGCACUAUGUUGCUCUGCGCGCUUUUCUCAAUACCCGCGACCCAAAUCACAAGCAGCAGCCCAAUAAAGCCCGCGACAAGCUUUUGCGCCUUUCCUCGGUUCAAUUUUAUGAGCUGAGUACCGAUGUUUUCGACGAAUUGAUAAGACGACAGGCCACUGCCAGGGCUCCGCCGAAUGCUCCAAAUGGUCCUCCUUCCUUUCUGCUGCCCGAGAAGAACUUUCACCCAAAGCGAAACCAGGCUCGCCAAAGGCUAUCGUCUCUUGGCCCACCACGAUUCCGAGAUCUAGCCGCCGAUGUCUAUCACGAAUUAGAACGAAGAUUCCCUCGAUUUGUAGGAGCCGAUCUCGCCCGUACUGGAAGCCCCAUGUCAAUCAGGGGACCGGGUACUCCAAUUAAUGGUAAUGGCUUUCCCCCUCGAGGUCAAAGCCGCAUGAGGAGACCCUCUGAUGCACCAUCUAUGAGAGGUCCUGGACCGACAGAUGCUUACGGUAUGCCAGCAUCACCAGGUGCCCAGAAUGGCGAUUACGGACGCCCAACCCCGAAACAGCUCAAUCAGAAUAACACGAUCGUUCCGAAUAAAAGUAUAAUGCUCGAAGAAGACGACGAAGGUGAAGGAUUCACAGAACCGGACCCGAACCGUGAGAGCAAACGGAGUGCUGGAAGCGGUGUGACUUCGGAGGCCGAUAAGAAGCUCAUCGAGGACUAUCAAAAUCAGGUACGAGAACUACGUGAGAAACUGGACAGCAUGGAAGAUGCUAUGAGGAAGAAGGAAGACGAGAUGAACAGUGCGCUGGAUCAGGAACGUUCCCGAUCUGCUACUACCAACCAGGAGAAACAGGAAUGGAAUGACCUGAGACUCAACCUUGAGAACAAGCUAGCUGAGGCGCAAAACUUGAACGACUCCAUGAAGCAAGAACUGCAACGCGUACGAGAGGAUCACGAUAUUGAAAUACAAAGGCUUAGGGACGACGUGGCCGCAGCACAUGAAUCAGCACGUAGCACUGGGCCUGCUGCAUCAGAUUCAGACCUUCAGCGGGAAAAUGAUGAGCUUCGACAGGAACUCCGAGAACAACAGCAGGUCACAGAAGAGGUUCGAAAAGAGGCACAGGAAUUCUUGCUUGAGAUGCGCCAACUUUCCCAACAGAGUGGCUCAACACAUGAACGACACGCAGAGCUGGAACAGACAAUUGAGAGACUCGAGCGCGAGGUUCACGAAUGGAAGAACCGAUACGCGGGCGCAAAAACGCAAUUGCGACACAUGCGCGCAUCUUCCGCUGGCCCUGGAAUUGAACAUGAUGCAGCAAAGCAUGUCCGGGAAAAGGGAUUCAUGGAUGACCGUGGACUUGUUAAAGAUGUUCACGUCACCAAGUUUCAAAUCGCCAUUGACGAACUACUGCAAAAAGCACGAACUGAAGACCCAGAAAAGGUUAUCGACGCAAUGAAGCAAGUUGUUGUCAGCGUCCGCCGCAUUACCAAGGACAUCGAGGUCCCACAGAAUAAUGAUGAAGACUUCGCACAGCAACAGGCCAAGAUCAGAUCCAAGGUAUCUUCUACCGCAAACAACCUCAUCACAGCCUCCAAGAACUUUGCCCAUAGCGCUGGAAUGUCCCCCGUAUCACUGCUCGAUACAGCAGCGUCACACUUGGCUGCGGCCAUCGUGGAGCUUCUUGGCCUGGUCAAAAUUCGGACAACUCCCGCUGAAGAAUUGGAUGAUGACGAUGGAACUGUAACUCCUGCGGAUUCCAGUGGACUCUUUUCUCCUGUAGCUACUGAGCAUCCUUCGACUACUCAAGGCGGACUCCCUCCUCCACCGCCCUUCCAGGGUCUUGGUGGUAUGCGAGGAAGCAUUGACUCUUCGGCAUAUAGUCCUUUAGGCUCACCUCGCCAAUCCGCGGAGCCAUAUUCUGGAAGGCCCAUGUCCAAAGCGAGCGCGGUACCAAUCGGGCUCGGGCAUUCCAACGCGAACAACCAAGCCAAUGGGCAAGGAUCGCAUCAGCUGGAUCCCCGAGCCGCCGAAGACCUCAAAGUCAGUUACCCUUCAACGCUAGAUCAUCGACAUCGCUAACCAGCUAUUCAGCUCUACCUUGAAGAUCAGAAUGCCCUUCUUUCAACCGACAUCCAGCAGCUUGUGAACACCAUCCGGGGUGAUGCUGAGAUGCGACAGAUCACUGGCGAGAUUGGCUCUAUCAACGCCGUUGUUAGCAACAUCAUCUCAGAAACACAAGCCUACGGCCUAGGCGAAAUGGCAGCCUCGUUGGCAAACUGUAGAGCACGACUACUAGAGGCUGCUGAUCAAGGCCAGGAUAUGGCCAACAUUGGCAUGGACACCAACUCUCACGAAUGGCGCAUGUGGGUACAAACCUUGCCACCCAUCGCGUUUGGGCUGGCGCGUGAGGCCAAGGAGUUGGCUCAACAAGCCGACGAUAUGGCCAGACCCGGACGACCUGAUGACUUUUCGUAACUACCUUUCACUUCAUUUCUAAAAAUCCGGACUUUGCCUUUGCAACCGGAAAACGCUUUAUACCCCCUGAACGCCAGUUUUAACGCUGGAUUAGCUAUUUGAUGCUGUCCUAGUUUUUCGUCUUGGAUUGGUCGAUAAUAUCGGGACAACGUUGAACGUAUCUCGACAAUGAGCGGGUUGAGAUGAAAAGGGACAUUUAGUUGGGUAAUGCUGCACGUGGAAAGCAUGGGAACGGCGUUAGGAUUGCUGUUGGUAAUGCAUUGUGCAGACAGACAUAGGCCCUGGAUUGAGUAUAUAUAUAAGUGUGCCGAGUACCAAGAGGAGGAUCAAACAUGGCUUUGAUAUUUGUUCAAAGCGAGUUAGAUGACGUCCUCCAGUUCAGACAAGACUAUACGAUGGACGAUGAUAAUAGAGAUAGACGAGAAAUGGAAUGUUAUCGACUAUCUAUGAUAUACUUGAGUGUGG